AUGGCUGAGAACGGCACCCACCCUGCAACGGAACCGGCAGUUUACGAAGAAUACGUGGGAAAAUGGGCGGCCCAGCCGCAAGAUGCAGCUGGCUGGGUCAAACGUGCGCAGGAUGUUGCUUCUGUGUUGGAGAGAGAUGCCAGUGCCCGUGAGCGGGCGAACAAGUCGCCCCGUGCAGAGGUGGCCCUAUUGAAGCACUCAGGCCUGACCAAAAUUCUUGGUCCGAAGAAGUAUGGUGGAGGCGAGCAGCCUUGGAGCAUCGGAUACAAAGUUAUCCGAGAGGUGGCCAAGGCUGAUGGCUCCAUUGGAAUGCUAUUGGGGUACCAUUUACUCUGGAGCACUACUGCUAAUGUAGUUGGGAGUCUGGAACAGGCAGACCGCUUCCAAAAACUCAUCCUUUCUAACAACUAUUUCAUCGGAGGUGCAGUGAACCCCAGAGACAGCGACUUGAAAAUCACAGACGACGGGGACAAGAUCAUUUUCAACGGCCGCAAGUUUUUUAACACGGGCGGAGUCGUCUCAGAUUUGACUGUGCUUGAGGGUGUGCUUGAAGGGACAGAAGACCAUAUCUUCGCCAUCGUCCCGACCGUACAGCCAGGAAUCAAGUUUGCACACAACUGGGAUAACGUCGGACUCCGCCUGACUGAAAGUGGUGGUGUCUCAAUCGAGGCAGUGGCUUCACCGUGGGAGGACGCCCUCGGCUGGGAUGUUAAGACCAAGCGUCCCGACCCAGCAGUCCUUGGGAUUCCCUUCGCUAGUUUGCUUCUUCCCACAAUUCAACUAGUUUUCAGCAACUUUUACUUGGGCAUCGCGCUGGGCGCGCUCCAGUACGCCUCCAAGUACACAGUGUCCAGUACAAGAGCCUGGCCUUUUGGUGGGGAUAACAAGGACAAGGCCACGGACGAGUUCUAUAUCCUCUCUACAUAUGGUAACUACCUGGCACAUAUUCGCGCGGCAGAGGCUCUAGCGGAUAAAGCUGGCCUAGCUGCAGACUCGGUGUACACAAAGUAUCCCUCCAACAAAGCCGAAGUCACAGCGACCGAACGUGGCGAGUUCGCUGAAUGGGUUGCCAGCAUCAAGGUCGUCGCGACUGAUACGGGACUCCGGGUCACGUCAGGGAUCUUCGAGGUGACUGGAGCCAAGGCUACGGGAACAAGGGUUGGCCUUGACCGAUACUGGCGUGACAUCCGAACUCAUACUCUUCAUGACCCGGUGUCAUAUAAGAACAGGGAGUUGGGGCGCUACCAGCUCCUUGGCGAAUUGCCGGAACCUACGUGGUACACAUGA